AUGGCUGGUAUUCAAGAAGUGUAUCAUGUCGUUUCACACCGACCAAUAUAUUUCUGGACUGCCACAGAUGUUGAUCAAUGGUUACGACGAAAAAGACCGAAGUUUGCAUUGAAAUAUGCUCAUUUCUUUGUUCGACAUAAUAUAACAGGAAAGGUUCUUGUGGAAAUCACAGAUAAAGAUUUACGAGAGAUUGGUAUAGAAUCUGAAGAAGACCGACAAGAUAUUAUUUUGGAAGUAAGGAAGGAGAAACUGUAUAGCGACCUAGAUGAAUUCUCCAAGCUUCGCAAUUUGCCUUCCUCUUGA